AUGGAGACCACCCCACUGAAUUCUAAGAAAGGACAGUCAGCCUGCAAGGAUGGAGAAGAUUGCCAGGGGAAUGGCAUUCUCCAGAAAGGACUCUCUGCCACGGGGGACAAGGCGGAGAUGGGACAGAUCUCGAAUGGGUACUCAGCUGUUCAGAGCCCCGGCACAGAAGAGGAUACCCAGAACUCCAUCCCAGCAGAUACUGCCUUAGGGACCGAAGAUCACCAAGGAGAACGAGAGACCUGGACCAAGAAGAUGGACUUCCUCCUCUCAGUCAUUGGCUAUGCUGUGGACCUUGGCAAUGUGUGGCGCUUCCCGUAUAUUUGCUACCAGAAUGGAGGAGGGGCUUUCCUUAUCCCCUAUACCAUCAUGGCCAUUUUUGGUGGGAUUCCUCUCUUCUACAUGGAGCUAGCUCUGGGCCAAUAUCAUCGAAAUGGCUGUAUUUCAAUAUGGAAGAAAAUUUGCCCCAUUUUCAAAGGAAUUGGCUUCGCCAUUUGCAUUAUUGCCUUCUACAUUGCCUCCUACUAUAACACCAUCAUGGCUUGGGCUCUCUACUACCUCAUCUCUUCCUUCACGGAUCACCUGCCCUGGACCAGCUGCAAGAACCCCUGGAACACAGACAAUUGUACCAACUACUUUUCAGAAGGCAACAUCACUUGGACCUCCAACUCCAUAUCACCUGCUGAAGAAUUUUAUACGCGCCAUGUCUUACAGAUCCAUCAGUCUGAAGGGCUAGAGGACUUGGGGGGCAUUAGCUGGCAGCUGACCCUCUGCAUAAUGUUGAUCUUCACUGUUGUCUACUUUAGCAUCUGGAAAGGGGUCAAAACAUCGGGCAAGGUGGUGUGGGUGACGGCCACUUUCCCUUAUAUUAUCCUAACCAUCCUGCUUAUAAGGGGGGCCACGCUCCCAGGAGCCUGGAGGGGGGUCCUUUUCUACCUGAAACCCAACUGGCAGAAGCUUCUUGAAACUGGGGUCUGGGUAGAUGCCGCUGCUCAGAUUUUCUUCUCGCUGGGUCCUGGCUUUGGCGUCUUACCAGCCUUCGCUAGCUACAACAAGUUCAAUAACAACUGUUACCAAGAUGCCCUGGUGACCAGCAUCGUCAACUGCAUGACGAGCUUCAUGUCUGGAUUCGUGAUCUUCACUGUGCUCGGUUACAUGGCUGAGAUGAGGAAUGAGGAUGUGUCCGAAGUGGCUAAAGAUACAGGACCCAGCCUUCUUUUCAUCACCUACGCAGAAGCCAUUGCCAACAUGCCAGCGGCCACUUUCUUUGCUAUCAUUUUCUUCUUGAUGAUACUGACUCUGGGCUUAGACAGCACGUUUGCAGGACUUGAAGGUGUGAUCACUGCCGUGCUGGAUGAGUUCCCCCACAUCUGGGCCAAACGCCGGGAGUGGUUCGUGCUUGCCGUGAUCAUUGCCUGUUUUUUUGGCUCUCUGCCCACUUUGACUUUUGGAGGGGCCUAUGUUGUGAAGUUGCUGGAGGAAUAUGCCACUGGACCAGCCGUUCUCACCGUGGUGUUGUUAGAGGCAAUUGCCGUGUCUUGGUUCUACGGUAUCAACCAGUUCUGCAGCAACGUGAAAGAAAUGCUUGGUUUCAGCCCGGGCUGGUAUUGGAGGAUCUGCUGGGUAGUGAUCAGCCCAAUAUUUCUGCUGUUCAUCAUCGGCAGUUUUCUGAGCAGCCCCCCCGAGUUGCGACUCUUCGAUUACGAUUACCCUCGCUGGACUGUCCUCCUGGGCUACUGCAUCGGGACUUCUUCCUUCAUCUGCAUCCCUGCCUACAUAACUUAUCGUUUGAUCAUCACUCCAGGGACAUUUAAGGAGCGAAUUCUUAAAAGUAUCACUCCGGAAACACCUACAGAAAUUCCCUUUGGGGACCUCCGCUUGCAUGCUGUGUAG